AGCACGGAGCCACUCCAUGUGGGUGGACAUGUCCUGGCAGGCUUUGAGAGUGUGCUGCCGCUGACGGGCGCGGAGCGGGCGGCGCUGUUCCUGCUGGUGAGCGGCCGCUUCGCGCAGUCGCUGGUCAUGGCGGCGCACACGGCGCUGCUGCACCCGGAGAACACGGAGUAUCUCAUGGUCACGGCCAGGACGGGGUGGAGGCACCUGAUGGCCAUGUAUGCGCUGGGCCAGGAGGCGGUGGAGAAGAUGUGGUUUGAGACGGCCGCGCUGUAUGCGAGGCGGCCCCGCGAGGCGGAGCUGCAAUAGAAUCGUAGAAUAACAGAAUCACAAGGUUGGAAACGACCUGUAAGAUCAUCCAGUCCAACUGUCUUCUCAUUAC